GCUCCAAGCCGGGCGCGCGGAGCCCGGGGCGCACGGAGCGGCGCGCGCCGGUGGCCGAGCCAGGCUGGCGCCCGCGCCCCCACCGCACCACCGCCGUCAGCCGCCGCGCGGCCCGCGGGGCGCCCCUCCCGCUUCACCGACUCCGGCCCCAGGGCCUCCGGCCGAGGUGCUGCCGCCCUCCGUGCCGCCGUCCCUUCCCCGUCCAGCUCGGGCCGCCGGGCUCCCGCAGGCCCCACCGUCCGCGUUCCUAUGGACAGACGCACAGACACCUGCAGGAAAGACACUGCUGAUCCUGUAACAUGGAGGAUUGUCUUCAUACCUCAUCUGAGAAUCUGUCCAAAUUGGUCAGCUGGGCCCACAGCCAUGGGACCAUUUGCAGCCUCAUUCCAAACCUGAAACACUUGCUUUCUGAAGGUUCCCAUGGGAACCUGACUGCAAUGUGGGGCUGUAGUGCUGGCCAUGCGUACCACUGGCCACUAACAGCUACUUGCAGAGCUGGGUCCCAAGAGAGGGUUUGUUUCCAGGACAACCGAAGUUUUAAUUCUGAUAGUCCCAGUAUUAUUGGGGUGCCUUCUGAGACACAGACUAGCCCUGUGGAAAGGUACCCUGGGAGACCUGUGAAGGCAAAGCUGGACUGUAACCGGACCAGAGACUCUUGUGACUUCUCUUACUGCAGUGAGCCUUCUGAACUGGAUGAAGCUGUCGAGGAGUAUGAAGAUGAAAACACGCUGUUUGACAUGGUUUGCGAGUCUUCUGUUACAGAUGAGGACAGUGACUUUGAACCCCAAACCCAGAGGCCUCAAAGCAUUGCUCGCAAAAGGCCAGGAAUAGUCCCAUCUUCGAUCCAUUCAAGUUCCCAGGGACAGAUGGUCGAUGAAUGCAGUAAUGAUGUCAUCAUCAAGAAAAUCAAGCAAGAGAUUCCAGAAGAUUAUUACAUUGUGGCAAAUGCAGAGCUGACUGGAGGAGUGGAUGGACCGGCUCUUUCAUUGACACAGAUGGCAAAACCCAAGCCCCAGACUCAUGCUGGUCCCUCCUGUAUAGGGUCUGCUAAACUGAUUCCCCAUGUAACAUCUGCCAUCAACACGGAAUUAGACCCACACAUUCUGUCAGCGUCCCCCUCUGUGAUCUCCAGACCGAUCAUCCCAAAGACUGCUAGGGUAUCUCUGGCUUCACCAAACAGAGGACCCCCUGGUGCCCAUGGCACUGCCCACCAGGUGACCAUGCAGAUGCCUGUGAGCACAUCACAUCCUAACAAACAGAUCAGUAUCCCUUUGUCUGCCCUGCAGCUGCCUGGACAGGAUGAGCAAGUUGCUUCAGAGGAGUUCCUGCCCCAUUUGCCUAGCCAGGUCUCAUCUUGUGAGGUAGCCCUUUCUCCCUCUGUUAAUACAGAGCCUGAAGUGAGCUCCAGUCAACAGCAGCCCCCGGUUGCUCCAACCAUAACCACUGAAGCCACUGCGCAGUGCAUUCCAGACCAGGAUGAAAGAGCAGCUGAGCUCAGCAGGGAGCAGAACGAGAAAACCAUCAGGAGCACGCAGACCGCGCUCCGCAAUUUCCGGGAGUUCCUCAUCUCCAAGUACCCUUCCGAAACCAGAGAGAUCUAUGUCAUCCCUUGCAAGGAGCUAGAUGCCUACCUGGCUUCCUUCUUCGUGGAUGCCAGGCAGAAGGAUGGGUCUGAGUACGAACCCAACAGCUUGGCGAAUUACCAGUGUGGGCUGGAACGGUACCUGAAAGAGCACAGGUAUGGCUACAGCAUCACCAGGGAUAAGGAGUUCAAGCGUUCCCAGGAGGCCCUGAAACAGAAGCAGAUUGAGCUUCGCUGCAAAGGCAAGGGAAACAAGCCACACAAGUCCAUGAAGCUCACCUUUGCUGAUGAGCUCAUCCUGCGGAAGAGGGGCCUGCUGAGCAGGUACAACCCCGAGGGUCUGCUCAAUCUUGUCUGGCUCAACAAUACGAAAGCUUUUGGGCACUGCACAGGCUUCCAUGGAUCCACCUUGAAAUGGGGUGAUAUCCGGCUCCGCGUCACAGAAACUGGGCUUGAGUACCUGGAGUGGAUGGGCCAGGACACUGGUGAUUUGAAUGCCAAAACCAAGAGAGGAGGAACAGACUCGAGAGUUUAUGCCACCCAGCAUGCCCCACAGACCUGCCCGGUGCAGGACUAUAAGGAGUAUGCCCAGCGGAGGCCUCCUGCUAUGCGCUAUGAGGAUGCCCCCUUCUACUUGUCCAUCAAGCCUGUUGUGAACUUGGCGGCUCUUCACUGGUACAACUGCCAGGCCCUUGGGAAGAACAAGCUAGCCAAGAUGGUGAAGACCAUGUGUGAGAAGGGCAACAUCCCCGGCAGGAAGACCAACUUCAGUGUCUAUCAGAGCUGUAGCACCUUGUCUGAGGCCCAGAGCAAUCAGCUAGUACUCAUCUGCAACAACCUGAGCCAGCAGGCUGCCCAGUCCGUGGCUGGCCACUCCAACAGCGGCAAUUUCAUUGUCUCCUCCUACGACUCUUCCUCAGACACGGCCUGACCAGGUGGCUUGUUCAAGACCUCACUUUGGUUUCUGUGUCCCAGGAAACCAUCAUGUAUACUGCAUUGCGUCCCUUCCACCUGCCCUCACUGCUAACUUUAUAAAAUGCAAAUCUCUAUUUUUCUUUUUACAGAUAAGCCAAUGGCAAUAGUUUAGUAUUACUAACACAGUAUUUAUAGGCUUGAGACAAACAAGUGUGCUUGUGGGUGAUGACAUAUAAUUGCUGUUACAGACUUGGCAAAAACCAUAGUGGUUCUCAGGCAACUGUAAAGAAAGAAUUCCGUUUAAAGAACAAACAAACAGACAAAUCAGAAAGGAAACCAAGAGUCAUUCAAGACACUGUGUCCUCAGCCCCUCCUCCUGCCUCACCUCCGCUUUUAGUCUCCUUCAUAGAUGGGUUUAUUUUUUUAAUUUUUAAAGAUUACAUAUGAGUCAGGAGACAGCUUUACUGCCCGUGUGCUAUUGUUGAGCCAGGUCAGAAAGCAGCGUUAUAAGCUCAACAGGAAGUUAUUUGCUUAUAUUUGUAGCACAGAGUUUAGCCGUGCCUCAUUCUCACUGGAUAUGGAGAUCCCAGCACAUAAAGGACUUUCCUUUGGGGGAGGUGGGGUGUAGAAGAGGAAUAAAGGUGCCAUUCUUUUUUGGAGAUGUCUCAUUUAAAAAUUAUAUGCAAGAUCUGCUGUGGGGAGGGGUAAUAAAAGACUGUUCCGUAGCUCAUUUUUAGUGCAGUAUUUGGAUCUGAAUAGAAUGUUCUUUGUCCCUAAGUCAGUGGAAAUGAGUUUGAUCAUCAGAUUCACAAGAAAUUUAAAACUACCAAAACUUUGAGAAUAUCUGAGUGUUAGAUUGUAUGUCAAGCAUGAGAGAAGGUAGAGAAGAGAGGCCCCACUAAAAAGUUCUGACGCAUUGGUAGAGCCAAGCUGCAGUAUCCUGUUACUCUGUCUAAGAAUUAAAUUCGGCUCUUUUCCCUAGGGGUUACUUGACUCUGAGCUUAAGAUCAAAGGAACAUUGGCACCCAUUUUAAAUCACAAUAUUUUGUUACCAGGCUUAGCAGAAUUCAAAGCAUUCUUCAGUUUCUUCUCAAUAAAUAGAAAAGUGCUUAUCUGUGAUGCUCUGUAGUUUGAACAAUUUUGGUCUAACAUUUGUCAGGGUUUUUUUAGUCUUUGUUUUCAAGUCUCUAAGACUGUAGUAAAUGAUUAGUUAAGACACUUCAAAAACCAAGUACAUGUAGAUGGUAAAGCUACAGUGAGGCUGAGCUAGGGUCCUCCCCAUCCUGUGCAAUUAGUAAUGUGUAAGGACGGCAACCCAUCAUUGGUCUGUCACAGCUGAGUGCCCUGUUGAGGCAGGUGUUUAUUCUUCAAGUCAUCCUUGUAACUCACAUUAGCUUGGAAGGUGGUAUUUUAUAUUAUGACAAAAAGACAAAUAUUUUUAUUUGCUUUACUAAGCUGUCACAGAGCCAAGCUUUCCCAUGGCUAGGUGGCUCUUUGCAUCAAUGAGUAAUAAGCACACAAGGGCUUCUAUCUAGGCUGUGGUCUUCUGGUGCAGAAGUGGCAGGUCUGCAUGGGGCAUUGUUGGGUAGAAUUUUUCCAUGAACUUGUCCUUCCAAGAGAAGUAUUGGUAAGAAAAGGUGUAUAUGUUUUUAUACAAGUAUUAUCUAAAUCUUUUGAACAACCUUAAGGAGAAAGUAAAGUUAUCUUCAUUUUAGGAUGAAAUUAUAAGUCGGUUAGAUGAAGAUGGAAUAGUCUGCUUUCUCACUCCCAAGCUUUUUCUAUUCACCCUUUUCAGUAUGAGCUAGGUGUUGGUUUGAGCCAGAAAUGAGAGCAGUGUCUUUCCAGCACUGAAGGCUGUGUGCUUUAAAGGAAUGCUGGGCAAUGUGUCAUGGCUGCACACUGUCCUCUAACCCAACUCCCCGUUGUCUCCACUUUUAAACACCCAGGGCUUUCUCCCAGUUCCUCUGCAGAACUUCCCACUCUCCCUCUAGAGCUGGUCUCUGAGCUCAUUAAGCCCAUUAUAAGGGAGCUUUUAAAAAGGCCAUUUUUAUGUGGUAUACCUGCCAUUUUUAAGGUUUCUAUAAAACUCUUACCUGAGACAUAGUUUGUAAAUCCUGAUUGUGUUGUCAGCAGAGUGUUUGAGAAGAAGGCCUGUCCCAGCACUGAACUGAGAGAACAGACCGUCAGUGCUGAGUCCCUGCUGGUGUGUGCUGCAUACUGACAGAAAAACUGGCUCUGCUACAUCCCAAGUACUACAUCGAGACAACAUUACAUCAAUAAUGUGAACUUUUUAUUUAUUUAUGUUUUGCUGUGAAAACUAACCAAAAUAGGAACACUGUGAUAUUUAGCUUAAAACAACCUUUUGAAAAAUGGCUUACUAGAAGAAGCAUAGCCAGUUUAGAACCUCUUUAAUUAAAUUAUAAGAGUCUGUGACUACCUCUAAACAAUACUGAGGACAUACCACUGCCGAAAACCUUUUUUAUUAUUUGUAAUUUUAACUUAAAAGAAAAAAAUGAUUCCACUCUGGCAGAGGCACAUACCAAUAUUUAUUGUGGUUAUUAGGGCUAAUGUGGAAUGUUUCAUUUAUAAUAUAUGUCAACUAUUAAAUAUUUAUUUCAUAAUUUCAGCUAUCUUAAAUGUUCCCUGCUAAUUCAUUUUCUCUUAAGUUUUUUGUUGUGUUUAGUUCUGUUUGAUACAGGCUUUCACCACAUAGGCCGAAUGCUUUAAGCUCCUAGUCCUCAUGCCUGUCCAUGAGUGCUGGAGAUACAGCAACACUAGAUACAGCUUUCCCCAAAUUAAAGGAUUACCUGAUCUAUAAUAUAAUAUAUUGCCUGCAUUUUUCCUGGCAUAGGGUAAGUCUGUUUUUUCAGUUAGUGUCAUAUUAGUGGAAAUGCUGGCAUUAACUAACAUCCAGAGCUGUGAUACUGAUGAAUUUAUUGAGAUGAAAAUUUAUGGCCACAUAGGGUUAUUCAUGUAUUGGAUAUUUAGUUGGUGAGAAGUGUGUAAAGAUGUAUAAAGUUCUUUCUGUUCUCAAAGAAAAUGUAAAGAUGAUGUAAUGAAAGUUUCAUUUUUUGAGAAGCCAGCCAAAAAAAGUCUCUGUACUGAUCCCUCUCUGUCUUAUCUUCUGAGCUUUGUGCUUCUGCAGUUACGUAAGUCAUUGAGUAUUCCACUUCGCUGCAGUGUAUCCCACGUCUUUGAGUUUUUUUGAGACAGGUUUCCUCUGUGUAGCCCUGGCUGUCCUGGAACUCACUCUGUAGACCAGGCUAGCCUUGAACUCAGAAAUCUGCCUGCCUCUGCCUCCCAAGUGCUGGGAUUAAAGGCGUGUGCCACCACUGCCUGGCCAUCUUUGAGUAUUUUAUGAAGACUUUUGGUUAGAGCUUCUCUUAAAUCAAUACGGUGAAGCCAUUUGUGUGGUGGUCCCUGUGUUCACACAGGAGAGGGAGGAUCUGUUGUGGCCCUCCUUUGUUAGAACAUACAGUGUGCCCCUGCUGCAGAUGCUUCGAGUUGUCUUUAGUAAUAAUCAUUUUAAGUGAUUGUCCCUCUUCAUGAAGGAGAAAAUCACAUAGGUUGCCCAUGUCACAGAGCAAAUGGGUAAGAGCAGCUGUCCCUGAAGUAUAUCUGGAUCUAGUCGUAUCCUUCACUAUGGCUGCUGUUCCAGGUGCGUCUUGCUUGUGCUCCUGAUAAUUUUGCAGUAGGCUCUCUGAAGUAACAAGCUAAAGACAGUUUUUUUUUGAGAAGGGGCCCAACAGGUAGGCUAGGCUAUCGUUUCCUAAGGCAGAGAGAUGGGGCUGCCAUGAAAACUUGAGCAAUUCUUACCAUCAAACAGGUCUGGGAACCCAGACACAGCAGAUGCGGCCCUUCCAUCACUGCUGGAUUCCUACUGAUAACAGAUAAAGGGGAACAGUGUCAUUAAAUUACAACAACUCUGAACUUACCGUUCAUUCUAAGCAGAGAAAAGGAAGCGGGAUCGCUCAAGGUCCAGUAUAACUUAAAAAUGAGCCAGCUGGGAUUGCUGGAACUGAGUGGAAGAUCCUAUUUAGUAUUAAAGAAGUGGUUUCCUAAAAAAUAUGCCAUUUCAAUAUACUAAGUUAAGAUUUAGUACAAAUUGUGAUGAAUUAGAAUCAAUGUUAGUUAGGGAUUGUUAAUAAAACCACUGUCUUUGUUGAAUUGUGACCUCAGAGGCUACCCCUAGAGAGGACAUAAGAAGGUGUCCUGUGAUUGCCAGGAUUUAGACUAGGAAACCUUCCUGCAUGGCCGUGAUAAGGAAGACUGGUCCCUCAGAAAGAACAUAUGCCUAUGUACACUCACACAUACUCACUGGGUACCUCAGAACAUACACACAUGCACAUUCACACACACUCACUG